AUGCUUUUCUUCCUAAAACAAGAAGCCUGUGCCGAUGCGAGUAAGGGACGUCAUUGCACUUCCCCUCGGCUGACGGUUCGGUCAUCAUCUUCUGCCGCGGAGCCUCCAGACAAACCUGAGACCUUCGGCAGCAUUUUGCCUGUGUUUGGCCAACAGUCUGUCUUCAAAAUAGAAGUGCUAAUGAGUGGAAGGAAGCAUUUUGUGGAGAAGAGGUAUAGUGAAUUCCAUGCUCUCCAUAAAAAGCUCAAGAAAUGCAUAAGGACUCCAGAGAUCCCUUCAAAGCAUGUAAGGAACUGGAUCCCAAAGGUCCUGGAGCAGAGACGACAAGGCUUGGAGUUGUACUUGCAGACAGUCAUUUUAGAAAAUGAAGAGCUCCCUAAAAUAUUUCUCGAUUUCCUGAAUGUUCGACAUGUACCUACCCUGCCAAAAGCAGAAAGCUGUGGCUCUUUUGAUGAAACAGAGUCUGAAGAAUCAAGCAAACUGUCCCACCAGCCUGUGCUGCUGUUCCUGAGGGAUCCCUAUGUCUUGCCUAAAGCCAAUGGUAAUCAAACUUGUCAUCUGUUAACAGUGCUGUAUGACCUGCCCUGCUCCGUGCCAACCGCAUUAUUAUUAAUACAAGCCAAGUCAAACAACACUGGUCUAAAACCUAAUAACCUGCCAAUAAGACAAUAGCUCUUGAGUGAGAAACCAUUAUAGCUCAGGAUGGGGAGGGUGAUUUAUAAAAGGGUGGAUUUUUUCUCCUAGUUGUUUCUCAGACAAAUCUACUGAGAAUUCAAAUCAGAAGACUGAGGACAUUGGUUCUCUUUUUUUCUUGUUGACCCUUGGGGCUGCUUUGCCUGAAGGAUUUGAACUUAGGGGCCCAAUCCUUUGUAAGUGCUUUUUCCCUAAACAUCAGUCGAUCUGCUGUGAGCAUGUUUGUAUUUCCAUUUGGAUUAUUACUAUUUCUUAUCAUUUAUAACCUCUAGAGCUCUUGAGAGGAACAAAAAAAAAGUAUACUUUUAAACAUAAUGGAUGUGUUCACAGAGCAUUUAUGUUAGUCUUCAUCUCUUAAUAUGUUCUUCAAAAGAGCGUUUGAAAUAGCUUGUUGUAAACCUUUUUUCCUUUCAUUUUUUUGAAAGUUCUUUACAUUAUUAAUUCAGAGAGCAUAUAUUCUGUUCUCUUGAUAAAAUCAAAUAUGUGCAGGGAUUAAAAAAAAACAUUUUUAUACUGUGUUCCACCCAGAUGUCAUCUUAUUGUGAGAACUGUUACUUCUACUAAACCUUGUAUUAAAACAUUAGUUUAGUGAGCCAUAUUGCUUACCUUAGUCUUACUGUGUAACGCUUGUCUUGAUUGCAAACUUGGAUUCAUCUAGAAGGGAAUGUAAAUUAAGAAUGUCAUUCACUUGUGAACUAUUUCUGAGAGAUAAAAUGGACUUUAUGUAAUUAUCUUGAAAUACAAAGACAGUGCUUAAAUGUUU